AUGCCGACGUUGUGCUGGAGACACCACACUCUUAUUCAAGCUCUGCUAUCAAGGGGUCCUCUUAAGGAAGAAGAGUUCCAUUCCAUCUUUUCCUACGUUACAGGGAAAAGCUCAGCUGCUCAUCUGCCGUUGUUCAAAGAUUACCUUUUAAAGAUAAAUAGGGAGCUUUCCAGUGUUCAAUUCGAGUUGCGGGCAUGUAGAAACCAAUACAAUGGCGACGUAUAUUAUGGAAUAGUCAAUAAUGUGGCAGAUGAACAGUCCAAGCUUGGAACCAACUAUACAGUUCCUCAAAUUGCUUUUUAUAAGGGCAUUUUGUCUAAUGGAGACGUAAUGGUUGAUGAGUUGGAAAGAGGGGGCUAUUGGUAUGUGAGGUGGCUCUCCUCUAUAUCUUCCAGUGCAUUUGCAACUGGAGGAGUGUUUGCUCUUUUGAUGGGUGGAUUCUGCAUUCAGUAUUUGAAGCGGGAGGAUUGA